AUGGCGUACGACGAUGAGCAAGAUGCCAUAACAAAUGAGAGAGGGUCUAAGUUGCUUGCUGAUAUGAGAGAGAUGAAGCAACUUCAACUGGACCACGGCCGCAAGAUAGAGUGCCUCAUGUCCGAACGUGAAAAUCAAGGCCGCAACAUAGAGUGCCUCAUGUCCAAACGUGAAAAUCAAGGCCGCAAGAUAGAGUCCCUCAUGUUCGAUCGUGAAAAUCAAGGUCGCAAGCUAGAAUCCCUCAUGUUCGAACGUGGAAGUCUUCUCCAGGUUCGCUCGCGAGCCCUCUCGACCUGGGUUCGCGAUGCCCUGGGGAAGGAUACAGAAAGACGCGUUCAAAAGAUCAGAGAACUCAACAAGAACGUGGUUAACGCAGGCAAUAUUCGGGUGGACGCCUCGGUGGUGCUCGAGCGGUUCAGAUCGACUGCGUCCGAGAGAAAAGAGUUCCCCACGCUUUAUGGCCUUACCGCUGAAGCCGUCAAAGACCUUGGUAUCGGUUACAAUCCCUUUGAGUGGACUCUCUUCAUAUCGCUAACUUCUUCUAGACGCGAACAAGUGCGAGAAGUCUCUGGGAGCCUUGGAUGA